AUGAAUGAAAGACUUUUUCGCUUACCAUUUGAAUCAAACGAUGAUGAGAUUGGCCCGUGGGAUGUUUUGCUCAGUAGUGAUGCAAUUGCAGAUAUGAAAAAAUUAGAGCCCCUUGCAAUCAAAGCAGUCAUGGAGAAACUCAUGCAAAUAUCAAGCGGCAAAUGGAAUAAGUAUGGAUUGCAACAUACUGUACAAUCUUGCAUUGUACCUGUUUAUGAGGUGGAACUUCCAGAUUAUGGUGGCUUGAAGAUUCUCUGGCAAGUUGAUUAUGGAUUUUCUAUUCGUAGAAAUUCACUCAUGCAACAUGUGGCGAUUUGGACAGUCACUGUAAACCAAGAGCAAAUCAACGAAAUAUUAGAAAAUGUUUCAUUACUUCAUCAAGUCUACACUCCUGAGCAUAAAUGCUGGUGCACAUUGCAACAACAGAUUGGCAAAGGUAAUAUCAUUUUACCAAAAUCAUCUUUUGGAGAUGAAGAAACAACAAAAUCUACCCAGAGCAGAUUGAUGAAGAACCAAACAGAUAAUGAAAAUUUGUUGAAGGUCCAUGAAAUGCUUAUCACAAAUAAAUUUGUUCCAUUAUCAAAGAAUUUAUUUAGGUCACUUGUCAGGGGUGGUACUAAAUUUACUUUUCAGGUAUCUAAGCUUGAGUAUGAAAUUAUUAACCAUCCUUCAUCAGCAAUUGUCAUUGGUCGUUCUGGAACUGGAAAAACCACAUGCAUUGAGUUUAGACUUCUUGGUUCAUAUUGGGCAAGUCAACUCAAUCAGAUGUCAUCUUCAAAUGACAAUAAUUCUAAUUCUCACAAAAGGCAAAUAUUCAUUACAUUGAGUAAACGCCUAUGCUGUAAAGUAAAAGAAGAUUUCAAUGAACGGUUAGAAGCAGCAGAAUCUGGUAAUGAAAAGAUGACUGAGGCUCAAUUUAAUGAGUAUGCAAAAAGAAAAGUUUGUAGCAAUAUUGAUAUGAAAAAUGUGACAAAACAGGGAAAGGGAAAUAUUGUGGAUUAUACUCCAAACUCAUUCAGUGAGCUUGAAGAUGGCCAUUUUCCAUUGAUAAUUACAUAUGAAACAUUCAUUAAAAUGCUUCUGAGAACUUAUGGCAUUAAUCUAUUGAAUCCAACCAAAAAACCAAAUUUUGAUACAGAUGACUAUGUCUCAGAUGCAUCAUGGAAGCAUUUUGUAGACUACAGACUCUUUGCAAAAAAAUAUUGGCGUCAUUUCAAUGAUUAUUAUAGAAAGCACUUUGAUUGUGGGCUGGUUUUCUCUGAAUUUUCUAUCAUUAAGGGCUUUAAUCCAGAGGGUGAAUACCUAUCAAGAGAAGAUUAUCAAGUCAUUAGCACUAAAAAAUUUUCUACAUUUCGCCAUUAUCGUGAUGAAAUUUAUGAUUUAUUUCUAGAAUAUGAAAAGAAGAAAGCCCGGAAUUUUGACUAUGACUCAAUAGAUCAGACAAUUGCUAUCUUAAAUCAUGCCAGGAAGGAACCACUUGAUUGUUUGCAAAUUCAUGAAGUAUAUAUUGAUGAGUGUCAGGACAACACCAUUGUGGAUUUAGCACUUAUUUUAAAGCUCUUUGAACAUGCUGACAACAUUUUUUUUGCUGGAGAUAUAGCACAAUGUAUUUCAAAGGGAUCAUCUUUCCGAUUUCAAGAUCUGAAGGCUUUGAUAUAUAAAUGGGAACUUGAUCGAUCCAAUCGACCUAGUGUCAUAAUGCCAAAGCAGUUUGAAAUGAAUAUUAAUUAUCGUUCACACAAUGGGAUCCUUAGACUUGCUUCAUCAGUAAUUGAUCUCAUCACUCACUUUUUUCCAGAGUCCAUCGACAAGCUGCCACGUGAGUAUGGUGAAGUUGGUGGUCCUCGACCAAUUGUUUUUGAAGGAUUUGAGGAUGGGAAUGAGUCAAGUAAUAAUGGAUUUGGUGCUAGGCAGAUCAUUAUUGUACGUGAUGAAGAAGCUAAAGAGCAUUUGAAGAAAAAAAUUGGCGAAGAAUUUGGAUUGAUAUUGACUGUGCUUGAGUCCAAAGGCAUGGAGUUUGAUGAUGUAUUGUUGUAUAAUUUCUUUGCUGAUUCACCUGCAUGUUCAAGGUGGCGAGUAAUUUUCUCUGCUUUUGGCAACCAUUCAAAAGGAAUUCAAAAAUUUUAUCAUGACAAACAUUGUAUACUUUCUUCAGAGCUUAAAAAUCUUUAUGUUGCAGUGACAAGAGCACGUCAGAAAAUUUGGAUAUAUGAUGAAAACACUGUAUCAAGGGAACCAAUUUGCAAGUAUUGGGAGCACCAUGGAUUGAUCAAUAUAAUUAAGAAUGUAUAUGGAAAUGAAAACUAUACUUUAUCUACUUUGGAGAAGGAAGAGAAAAACAGUACAUAUCAAAAGCAAUCUAAUCUGGUAAAAAAUUUUCUGUCUACUUUGGCUGAGAAAAAGAAAAGCAGUCCAGAUGAAUGGGAUAAACAAGGAGAGAUUUUUUUUGAAAGACAGCAAUAUGACCAGAAAAGUGGAAAUAAAGAGAAACACAAGCUAGCAGAAGCAUAUCUUCUUCAGCAGGUUGCUAGAGAUUCUAUACAUGAUUGUGAUGAUGCUGCUAUUGUGAACUCCAAUUUCAUUCGUGCUGCUGUGGCCUUCAUAAAAUGUUCACUACCAAUUGAAGCAGCUUCAUGCUAUCAGGAGAUUGGUAUGCAUGAAAAAGCUGGUGAUAUUUGUGUAGAGUGGAAUAAGUUUGAGCAUGCUGCUAAUUGUUAUUCUAAAGCUGAAAAAUGGGAUAAAGCUGGUAAUAAUUUUCAAAAGGUGGGGAUGUAUAAUAAAGCUUUUGUUGCCUACAAAAAUGGUGAAUUUUUUGAAAAAGUAGAAGAUUUAAUUCAUAGAUACAGACAAGAGAUUGAUGAAAAUCUUAUCAAUGAUCAUUAUCGCUCUAUUGCCAAAGAACUAUGCUCAUGUGGUAAGUUUGAAGAGGCCACCAAUAUUAUUAUCAAGAAUUUGAAAGAGAUCAACUCAGAAGACAUCAAUGUGUUAAAGUGCUUCGUACACCUAUGCAGAGUCAAUGUGAUAACAAAUAUAAUGACAGAUUUAAAUGUCAAACAGGAAGUGGGUAAACUUCUUUCCAAGGCAAAUGAUUUUAUAAAGAAAUUCAAAUCAGAAUCUGAGCAAUGGAAGAGCUUGGCAAAGGAGAUUCAAUUAUAUGUAGCUUAUUUAAAUCAAGACCUCAAUAAUGUUUAUGAGUGUAUGCAAUUCUUUAAAGGUCGCAAAGAACUUGUUGCUGAAUUUUGUGCAGUAAACAUAUAUCUGCAAAUCAUUCCUCAAUCAGCAGAAUACUGGCAUGAACGAUUGCAACGUCUGUUAAGGUUAUGUGAAUUAACUUUUGAUUUUAUAGCAUCAGAUCAAAACACCAACAAUAUUGAGAAAAUUUUUUUUGUAAAUAAAGUUGAAAAUUAUCCACGUAAAUGGAAUAUAUUUUUAGGUAAUCCACUUCUUCAUGUAUGGGACAAAAUUCAACAUAAAAUCAUGAGCUAUUGGCAUGUUUAUGAUAUGAAUAGUUUGCACAUGAAAAUGAAACAGUUCCUUGCCUCACAUAUCUUUGAACUCAUCUGGGAUGUUGAUCAGAAAAGUAGAUACAUUCCAGAUGUAAGCUCUCAUAUCUGUCAAUUUCUUCCACCCUGUCAAAAAUCAGGUUGCAGAAAUCAUCAUGUAAUUCCAACAUCAUUAAUUCUGCACCAACGCUUGAAGCUUGCAAGUCUUAAUUAUACUGUUAUUAGACAGUUGAAUGUAAUGUACAAUCAACAUGGGCUUCUUAGAGAGGAGCAAAGUAAACAAGUUCCUGGAAUACAAUGGAGGUGGGCUGAAAAUCUGGUUAAAUUUCAUAUUCGUUAUCAAUCACCACAGAUAAGCUGCCCAGAAAUAACUCAAAUGAUGCUUUCAGAACUUCCUAAACACACACAUUCUGGUUUUAUCAGUUAUAUUCAAAAUAUAACUAAAGAGCUCAAGGUUGACAACUUUGCAGUCAUGCUAAAAUGCAUAUUCAUUUUGCAACAGUUGAAAUACAAACAGGGCAUUGAUAUGUUUGAUUUGGAAAUGUCAAAAACAAAAAAGCUUUCAUACCAUGAAGAUUUACCCAUUGGUUUUGAAGGGUACCAUGGGUACAUAUAUUAUGAAGUAAUUCCAGUUGGAAAGCGACUUUCAUUAUUCUUUGAGCAUCUCUAUAAAAACUAUGUUAUUGAUGCAAUCUUACAUGCAAGUGUGUUUAUUCAAUAUGCUUUAGACAAUGUCAAAUCUGUCCAAUUGGAUAACCCUGAUGCUUUAGGUGAUCUUGUAUCUCUUAUGGAAUUUAAAGUGUCUUUGAUUUUCAUGGCUGGUCCUGAACAUUAUGAUUUUUGCCUUCCUCGAGCAUACCUUGUUAAUUAUUUUAAAGCAUUCACCAUGAAACCACUUUUCUUUAAAUUUAAUCAACAAAAUACUUAUUAUAAAGAGGACUAUCUAGCUGCAAUUGAUCAUUCUUUUAAACAAAUUAAACAGCUUCUGAAACAAGGGGGUGAUUUGAGUAUUACCCUUCGACUUAUAAGGCUCUUGGUUAUCAUCAGCUUGAAUGUAUCCAUUUUUGCACAAGAGAUCUUUGAUUUUUUCAACCACUUAAAUAAUAAAAUCUCUUCUCCUAGGGCCAGAAAAUAUCUCACUGAAGACAGCUCACCUUUUCAACUUAUGAAUGUUUUGAGUAAAGACUUAAAUGAGAAUGACCUUGACUCUCUGGUCAUUGUCCAUUAUGAUUGUGGAGGCACCUCCAAAUUUUUCAACUAUGAGAGCCAAGGUAUUAUAAAGCUUUCACACUCUUCUUCUAUUAAGGAAUUUCACUUUGCUCUUCAGCAAAUCAUAUCAUCAGUAGCUACCAGCUCCAUGUCUGUCACUAUUUUUAAUGAAGAUGAGGAUAAUGAAAUCAAAUCAUGGUUUCAACAUUCCAAUGAAUCUGCCACAAAAAUCCAAACUUGGAUUCGUCAUGCUCUUGAUCAAAAGAAGCUUCAAAAGAAGCUUCAAGAGAUUUACAAUGAAAUAAUAACUUUUUGUCAGGGUGCCCUGAUAAAGAAAAAAGAAAAGGCAUUACACAAAUAUAUCAUUCUCUUGAUAGAUCCAAUGGUGGAUGUGACUGCAAAGUUAAAUAAAAUGCAAAGUAAAAUGGAUGCAACCAAAGACAAAUUGAAUAUAACCAAAGAUAAAUUGAAUAACAAUAAAGAUAUGGACAAAGUUGAAGAAUGUCUUAACCUGCUGGAAAAAUUCAAUUACACCCAUUAUGAGAAUGUUAAGAAAGCAUUAGAUUCACUGUCAACAACAACUGAGAAUACAAAAGAACUUGAAAAAGAAAAUGUUGAAUGGCUAGAAAAUAAAUUACAAGAGGCACAUGACUUAAUUAAUCAGGUUUAUGAAUGGCUUGAUGCAAAGAUGAUGUAA